GCCACCGCCGGCCGGGUGAGCGGAGCCCCCCGGCGCCGGCCGCAGCCCCCGGGGCCGCGCCUCCCCCAAGCCGCCUCCCCAGCCUCUCCGCGCACACACACACACACGCGCGGCCGUCGCUGCGAAGCGAACCAGGAGCGAAGCCCCGCAGGCGGCGAGCGUCGCUGCCCCGGCGCGGGAGGGUGGGCGAACGGCGCGAGGAAUGGAGACGCCCGACAGCAUCCUCGGGGACGCGUGACGGCGAGCGGCGCUCACACGCGCGCACGCACCCGCGGGCUCGGAGCCGGCGCGGAGCCGGAGCAGAGCCGGGCAGCAGCGCCCUGCCCCGUCCCGCGGGGAGCCGGCAUGGAGUGAGAGCAGCGCACCGCCGCCAGGAGAAGCCAUAAAGAGAAACAGAGAUGGCCAAAUUGACAGAGUCAAUGACUAACGUACUGGAAGAAGACUCAAUGGAGCAGGACAUAGAGAGCCCUGUCACUAUUCAUCAGCCAAAGUUGCCUAAACAAGCUAGAGAGGAUCUGCCAAAAAACAUAAACAAAGAAUGUGCCAAAAGAAAAAUCCAGAGAUAUGUUAGGAAAGAUGGGAAAUGCAACGUCCACCAUGGGAAUGUCAGAGAGACUUACCGUUACUUGACUGACAUCUUCACUACCUUAGUCGAUCUCAAGUGGCGGUUCAACCUGUUGAUUUUUGUCAUGGUUUACACUGUGACCUGGCUCUUCUUUGGAAUGAUAUGGUGGCUAAUUGCCUACAUGCGAGGAGAUAUGGAUCAUAUAGGGGACAGCACAUGGACUCCAUGCGUCAGCAACCUCAAUGGGUUUGUCUCAGCAUUUUUAUUCUCAAUCGAGACAGAAACCACCAUUGGGUAUGGUUACCGGGUCAUCACGGACAAGUGUCCCGAGGGAAUUAUUCUGCUUUUAGUGCAGUCUGUUUUAGGUUCUAUCGUCAACGCUUUCAUGGUUGGCUGCAUGUUUGUGAAAAUAUCCCAACCCAAGAAGAGGGCCGAAACCUUGGUUUUUUCUACAAACGCAGUUAUUUCCAUGCGGGAUGGAAAGCUGUGUCUGAUGUUCCGAGUAGGAGACCUUAGGAACUCACACAUUGUAGAGGCAUCAAUACGAGCCAAGUUGAUCAAAUCCAAACAGACAAAGGAGGGGGAAUUUAUACCACUCAACCAGACAGAUAUCAACGUAGGUUAUUACACAGGGGAUGAUCGUCUCUUUUUGGUUUCACCACUGAUCAUCAGCCAUGAAAUUAACCAGCAGAGUCCUUUCUGGGAGAUUUCCAAAGCCCAGUUGCCCAAAGAGGAGCUAGAAAUUGUUGUAAUCCUAGAAGGAAUGGUGGAGGCAACAGGAAUGACCUGCCAAGCUCGAAGUUCAUACAUUACAAGUGAGAUCCUGUGGGGUUACCGUUUCACCCCUGUCCUCACUCUGGAGGACGGAUUUUAUGAAGUUGACUACAACAGUUUUCAUGAAACAUAUGAGACCAACACACCAGUUUACAGUGCCAAAGAGCUGGCAGAAAUGGCCAGCCGAGCAGAACUGCCCCUGACGUGGUCUGUUUCCAGCAAGCUGGACCAGCAUGCUGAACUGGAAACUGAAGAGGAAGAAAAGAACCUAGAAGACCAAAAUGAAAGAAACGGUGAUGUGGCCAACUUGGAGAAUGAGUCAAAAGUGUAGAACCACUGGAUGCAUAAGGGCCACACCACCUCCUUUGUCUUCUCACUCUUUGCUUCCCUUUCCUUUCUCUAGCAAGCCUCCAUUUUUUUUUCUUCCUUGUUAUUCUUAAUCCCAGGAAGAUAAAUACUUAAGAUGCGAAAUAUCUACCUGCCCAGUUUAAACUCAAGAGAUUCACAGAGUAAGCAAAGGUGUGGGUUAAAGCUGCAAUUCCCAUUAUUGGUGGUGGAAUCUCAAUGCCUACCUUGGUAAUGACUGCUGGCUUCCUCAGCACCUCUCUGAAUUCAUACCUCUAGGUUUAUUCACACCACUAACAAAAAUAACCAUAAGAAAUAAGAAUCCAUAAAAAGGGAUUUAAAAGAAAAGAGUAAUUAAUGCUUAUGAAAGUAAUGGGCCUUGGGUCCAAUUUUCCUGUGUUUCAGAACAGUUUCACAUACUUAGUGACAAGCCUCUAUGAAAUGGGCCUUGCAGCUUUAAGAUGAAAGUGAGCAGAAGGAUCUGCAAUCGAACACAAUACUGUACAUAUGCCUUAUGUAAUUACUUUCUCUUUACAUUUAGUAAUAAACACCGCAUGUACAAAAGUACUGUAGUAAAGAACUUCUAAAUAAUGUACAUAGAUGUGUAAUUAAUGUAAGUUUAGAAACAGAGUUCUAGAAACAUUGGGAUGCAAAAACUAAAUACCCAUCAAGUAGGCAUUUCUCUUCUAAUAUUCGGAUUGAUUUUUUUCCCCUAUAUCUAUGCCUCUUCUAGUGCAUGACAUUUUCUUCAGCGUACCAGACUGGCAGCUAUUUAGAGUACCUCAGUACCUCACUGUUUGCCAAACAGAUCGUUUUACUGACUCUAAAAAGCCAUAAGUCUGGGAGAGGGCAGGGUAGACAAAUCAUAACAUAAUUACUGAUAUACUGUGAAAAUGUUUACAAAUAAGGCGAACUGUUUCUGGAUUUUUUUUUUGACAGUUCAACCUGAAAUUUAGGCCAUGGCUUAUGGCAAAUCAGAAUUUCCUGUAUACUCUUAAUAUAGUGAGCAUGUUUCAUGUGGAGGUAUUAUCCUUUAUGUGCAAUAUCUAGGGAAACUUCUCCCUUCUCCCCACCCAAAUCAUGGGAUUUCAGCAGAGUAGUUUGCUACACAAACAGCACAAGCCAUUGAAAACUGAAUAUUGCACCUUAGCGAGUAGAUUUUUAGCUACUCCACUGGGAAAGAAACAGUUGAAUUUCAUCUGAAGCCAUAAUCAAUGAAAUUCAUUUGUUGACAGCACCGGUGCUUGGCCAGUCCUGCAGAGUCACAGGUGGUGUGACAUCCCUGCAUAUAUGCUUCAACAGGGUUUCUCAGCUAAACACAUGGUUCCUGCCACCCAUGCUCAGGAGAGUGAUUCCCUAACAAUUUUCUUUACCUUAAGUUAGUUAUUUGAAUUUUGUAAAUCAGUGUAAAUCCUGUACAUUCCAACUUGACAACUUUAAAAUUACCAGGGCACUGAUAAUUUCCAUAGCUUACAUGGCAACACUCACCUGAAUAGGGGAGCCAACGUGUACGGUCAGAGUUUCACAGAUAGCUCCAUAUGGGGCUGUUCAUAUAGUGCAGCGUUGGCCCAUGCUAAGGACUGGUCAGUCAGACCCACCGUGCAUAAAAUACUACCUGUUGAAAAAGGCAUUGCUUUCAGUGGGCUUUUGCUCAGGCCCAUCAAGAACAGCAUUCCUGUCCGUGAAGGAGAAGAAGCUGCAGCCUUAAUUUUGUUUUUUUAUACCUGCCUACUCUGAAAAGAAUGAACACACUGAAGAGAAUCUAGAGCAUUUUUGUACUGAAACAUUUACAUUAAAACAGAAGAGAAAAAAAUAUAACCUCAGGAGAAACUUAGUGGGCAGAUGGAAAUUUUGCACUGUGAUAUAGCUUUCACAUUAUAUUCACACCUAUUUUUCCUUUUUUUUUUCUUUUUGCUGAAGCAACUGCCUCUUGCUAACUUAUCAAAGUGUGGCUAACUGGUGGCAGUUUCUGCAGGUCCUCUAGCUGCGCUUCGUACUAAGGUGGGCAGAGUAGGGUGUGGGGAAAGGGCUGCACAUCAGGGACUGGUAGAUCAGGCAGUAUGGAAAGAAUUUUUUUUUCAGUGCUGAACAUUUUCCCUAAAAGGUUUUCACUAAGCAGCAUGAUGGAAGGAACAGUGUAGAAUAUGAAGUUUUGUUCCCUCCACCCAGGGUGGCUGAUUCUGGUUACUUACAUUUAACUGUUGUGAGAUGAUAGCACUCAUUUGGCUACAGACCUUCCAAAGCUCAUUCUUCUGCCCUAGCAUUCGCAGCUACCAAGUGCUCCAGUUCAUCCAUCAUGACAUAAGGCUACACGUGAGGAGUACUGAGCAUUUUUAAGGAACGAUGGCUUCACAGCUCCACUGGAAAACAGAAGCCUUAUAGCAAAGGAGUCAGGAGUAGCACGGCACUGGCAGCUACAAGCUGCCCAUGCAUGUCAGUCCUAGAGAAAGGUGCAUGAGCUCAAAGCAAAGCAUUCCUCUGAGGAUAAACAUGCUUUUUGCUCUUGUAAUUUACAGGGCCACUCUAUAAUUCAUUGCUGCAGUUUAACAAAAGUUUGCAUUAAUUAGAACAGCAGCUCAGGGCCCUAAUUAAACCUUUUUUGUGUCCUUUAGCACAAAAAAAAUAGACUUUCCACCGGGGCAUGCGCAUGUGUAAGCUAUGCUUUUGUGAAUAGGGCACUUAAAGCUUAAGGUGUGUGUAUUCAUCUCUUUCUCUCUCUCCCCCUGUAUUUUAUUGUCUUUGGUAUUAAUGUAGUACAGACUGUAAAGUUUAUGAAAUCUCAUUUUUGUAACAUAAGCUUAAAAAAAGAAGUAGAAGCCUCCAAAGCUUUCAACAGGGAAGCUUCACGUAAACUUUGUACUAGAAUGUCCCUAUCAAACACCUCUAUUUUUCUACAAUGAUUGAUUAAGCAGUUUAACAAUGUAUUUUGUGUCAAUGAUUUCAACCGAACUGGUAAAAAGACAAUUAAGAAUUGAAUGCUGUUAAUUAACAAUGGAUUUUCAAGCCGUAUAUACUGAGUGGUGUUUUCAUUACCAGCAAAUAACUUAACCUUGAUACUUCAUCUCCUAGUCCUAAACAACAUACAAUGAAAUAUCCAUGCCCUAUGGGAAUAUUUUUGGUAAAUCACAUUUAAGGAACAUUUUAAUAUUAUUGACUACAUAAUUAAUUGAGACCCAUUACAUCUCUGUAUACUUCAUUAAUAUAUUUUUUGAAUAAUGCACUGUUUCCAUCCUGCUCAAGUUUCCAAAGCAGAUCAUUCAGAUGCUGAUAAUAGACACAGACAUACUCCUUUCAAUGUCAAUGAAGCAACACAAAUUUAUACAGAGUGAAAAUUUGAUUUUCAGCAAAUACUUCAAGCUCAGGCUUAUUAUUUAACAAUAAUGGCCUCAAGUUGCAUCAGGGGAGGCUUAGAUUGGAUAUUAGGAAAAAUUCCUUCACUGAAAGAGUGGCAAAGCAUUGGAACAGGCUGCCCAGAGAAGUGGUGGACACUCCUUCCCUGAAGGUAUUCAAAAAAUGUGUAGAUGUGGUGCUUCAGGACAGGGUUUAGUAGACAUGGUGGUCAUGGGCUGAUAGCUGGACUUGAUGAUCUUAAAGGUCUUUUCCAACCUUAAUGAUUCUCAAUUCUAUGAUUCUUCUAUGAUAACAAUAAGUAUAAUACCAUCAUAUCAGCAUUAAGAUAAAUGUCAGAAAUUAUUUCAAAAUAAACAUCUAAAAAUGCAAACGUCCUGUUAGAUGUGUAUAGCUGUUAUGAUCUAGAUCUUUGCCUUACAAAAUCAUAGCCAUUGGCAUCGAUGUGAACCAUUCCAGUAAGUUUAACUUCUGUGAUCAAUAUCGAAUGUCAUCUUCUACGAAGGGCCUUGCUGCACGCAUGCAUGUACCAGCAGCAUAUGCAGAGAGGAUUGCACAGCCCCGAGUCAGAGCUCUGCGCAUCUCUUGCAAGGUGGAGGAAGGAGGUUGCAUGCCAGAGACGCAUCCCCAGCAGGCAUCUGCUGAAACAGUUGGAACAAGGUAUUGGCAACUGGAAGAUGAAAACACUUCACUGAUUGUCUGAAGUUAACUUCAAUGUGGGAUCUGGAUUUAACUCUGGUGUAUGCAGGUGCCCAUGUUCCUCUGCUGGAGUUAAAGAGGAAACCCAUGCCUUUCAAAACUGGGGAAGAAAUGCCUCUUCUUAUUUCAGCCACAGGGCAGAAGUUCCCCAUUCAAUCAGCUGCAUGGCAUUAGGCUCCAUAGGAGAGGGAAGACCUGGAUUCAGUGCUCUCUUCAGCCCAGGGAGGUUUAAAGCCAUAGCCCACUUCUCCUAAGAAACUAAACUUGCCAUAACAGCAAUGGCAGAGCCCCAGACCCUAUGCCAACGACUGAUUGGCUCUUGAAUUCUCCCUCUAGCCUGAAGAAACUUUAAGUCCUUGUGUUUUUAAAGGAAGAAUGGAAAAUUCCUUAUUCCCUGGGUCCAUAAUAGUAUCCAUCUUAUCAAUCAGGGGUUUCUCACCUACGGAGCCAGCACAGCCUGAAUCAGCUACUAUGUGCAGAGGUGCUGCACCAAAGCCUUUGCCUAUGUUUCUGAACGCAAUCAGCUACCACAUCUCCUACGAGGGCAAAUCCUGCAAGGCCGGGAUUCGGUGUGCUCUGAACAUGACCUGCAGACCAGCCUUGCCAGGUACAGCAGCAUGUAGCCCUGAGAGGAUGUGGGAUUAUGCCUAGAAACCUUGGCCAGCAGGAGGAAGGAGUAUCUGGGAGUUCUAUCUUCCGUAGAUUUGAAUUUAGGCAAGUGGUGAAUUUAUACCACUUCGUCCAGUUAUUUAACAUAGAUGUGAGUUAGAGACUCAGUGCUGAAAACAUAAUUUGUCUGUAUGGCAAUGGGAGGGUCGGGCACCUCAUGUACUACAAUUCUUAGCCACUUCCAGCUGUGAAAUAUGUAUUAUUUUGAUGGACAGAGAGUACCAUAAUGGUGAAAAGUCUUUCUUUUCAGAAUAUCAGCCUCCUUAACAUCCAUGUUACCUCAUUUAGACACCGUUUAGGCUAUAAAUCAGAUCUAAAUGAACAAGGACAAAAGCUGGCUUCUUUUCCACUCCUCUUCCUUCAGCUCAUAAAUAUGUUGUUAGGAAACACGUGUUUGGAAAACAGGCUUAAAUUUGGGCUUUGGGUUGUAAAUGGUUCUUAAAGACAAGACCUGAAAGCUCUUAUUUUUUUACUCAUAUUGAAUUAUGCUCUUCUAUGCUUCCUUAAUGAAUUUUAUACCUUAGCAUUUGACUUCUUGGAGGGGAGGGUUGGUGUUAGAUAUUCCAGAGCGUGCUUCAUUUUGUGUGUUUACUUUAACUUAAGCUUACUUUAACCGAUUUCCAUUUUUUAGAUCCUCUGUAUUUCCAGAGAUUACAGUCUAGUGGCAAAUUCAGUGUAAUGGCGUACUUACCACUCUUCCAUUUACUGUCUGUAUACUGAUACUCUAACAUAGUUUCUCUCAGAUAGCACACAGACAUCAUAUCCAAAUACAGCAUUCUUCAGAGACCUGAGCAUCCUGUUAUUUCACCUCAAGUAUGAAAUCUGUUUUCUAUUCUAAGCAAAUUCACAAGUAUAAACCACAGUUCUUCCCUCAUUCUCCCUAUCUUGUGUGUCAUCCACACAGAAUAAAAACUGAAGUCUCAACUGAUAACAGCUGCUUUGAAGAUUUUUCCCUACAGGGAAGGAAUGGGGAGAGCGGUCCCCACUUUUUUUCUGGGUUUUGCUGGGUUUUUUUUAAAUCAAGUCUAGCAGCUCCAAACUCACAGCUGUGGCUCAUGGGCAGUCCUCUGGAAGCUACAGGCACCAUCCUGCUACCAGCUUGCUUAGAAAACUUCCAAGCCAUAGAGCUGUUUUCCCUCAAAUUAUUAUAGACAGUCACCUGCAUUAAAUUUUCUUGAAGGUUUAAAUUGGAAGAACUUGUGGAAAACCUGAUCACACUUUUCAGCAUAUACUUUUUCACAGUUGGACCAAAGUCCUCUGGACUUCUUCCAGCUCAGGAAAGGAGGAUGCCUGGCACAAAAGCACAAAUCCUCCCAACCACACUCUUUGGCUGCUUCCCAUCAUCGUGACCAGGAGGACCUAAAUUCCUCACUGAAAUAUCGCUGCUAAAGGAAGUGUGAUAUGGUGCUUGAGAUGGCACUCUUCUAGUUCAGAGCAGCAAUGCAACAUACAGUGUUUGAUCCACUUCACAUGCACAGCACAUCAUACACAGCCUUCUGCUGAGCUGAGGAAAUGAAGCUGGAGCAUCACACCACUAGCAGAGUUCUUCAAAUGCCUAAGAAAUCUUCUCAAGAAUGUAACUGAUCAAAUUAAAGUCAAAGUAAAAAGGAACUUUUCUAAAAUGGAUUAUGGUAUCUUAAUGAGAAAUCUCUACUCUGAAAAUAUCAGCAAGAUUGGGGGUGGGGAACCCAAACUGUUACACUUUGAAGUCAUUAUAAUGAAUGUAGUUAAGACAAUGAUAGAAGUUUAUUUCUUCUUCACAGCAUCAUUUUGGUUUAGCUGGAUGACAUGCUAGAGUUAACCUCCUAAAACUCCGCUUGUGAUUUUCAGAAAUAUUGAACAUUUCCCAGCUUUUACCAAGAUCAGUAGGAAUUAGGAGGCAUUCCCGUGAAGAGAGACCAUCUGCUCAGAUGGCAACAUAAGAGCUUGGUGCUGCCUUUUGUUCCUGCUUUUAGGCUCCCUGGGAGAUGACGGAGUCAAGAGAGGCCUCCACCUCACUGAAAUGCCAUCCAAUACAUGCCAAAGUCCUAAAGAACCCACACAUGUAGCAGUAGGUUUUAGGCACACAUUUUUAGGCACCCUAGGGAUCACUAAUGGCACUGUCAAAUGUGCUAAAAACACUGCCAAACGAGAAUGAAGAAUGACUUGACUCUCUUGAGGGGAUUUUAUUGAAAUCAGUUUAAGGCAUGGCAGUGGAGAAAGAAGAAGCAGCUGCACAGCUUGCACUUUGUGCUUUACCUUCUGUAGGGAAAAAUGGAAGCCAUCAUUUGGCAGAGAAACCAGCAACCCUCAUUACCGAUAAGCUCAAUACUUAAAACAUGGGAAAACAAGAUAAUGCACUUUCUAAUCAAAAAGUAAAAUGGUUCAUAGAAAAUACAAAAAAUCCCUGGAAAGGGAAUGGAGGGAAUACAAAUAAGUGCAAAGUCUACUGCUGAAACCAAGCAAAAGUCUUGGUCAAAGGGCAGGGCCACCGGAAUCAAGACUUCAAAGCUAAGCAAUGCUACUGGCCACUUUUGACAUUUUAUAGAGAAGUAUAAUUUCUUUGACAUGCACAAAGUUACUAUUAAUAAAUAUAGUAAAGUAAAGCAUGAGCAAAACUAUUGCUUAAAAACGUUGACUAGCUGAAUCAUCAAAAUGAAAUCUGUAUAAUGAGAAGAGACAAGGGAGAAAAUUCAGCACUUAAAGACCACUCAGCACUUCCCUCCCUCCCCCAUGAAAUGCAUUAAAGUAAUAACAACAAGAGACAGUGUCGUUUUUAAAUUCACUGAGUUCAAAAGAAGGGGGGAAACGUUUAAUGCACAAAAACCAAUGUACCACUUCGGGACCUCAUCUUUAGGGUCUUUUGCCACCUUUCUACGUGACAAGGAAGAAAUUAGCUCUAUGUUAGAUAGUACUUACAGUACCAGCUGUAGAAAAGGUUUUAUCACUUGAGAAGUACAAAUUCAAAAUGAGCUUCAUGAAAAAAUCCCAGCAAGAUCACCUGAUAUGAGAACUAAUGCACGUAAAAGAAGUUAAAAUUCUGCUUAGUCUCAUUUUCCAGAGGAGAAACAGCAGAACAGAAACAGAAAAAGAAAACUACAUAGACAUUUUCCUGAAAAAUAGCAGAGAAAAAAUUAUUUCAUACAUUUAAAUAACAAUUUCCUUUUCUUUUUUUAAUACAAAGUUUGUUCUCUCUUUCUGUCAACACUCUGACUGAUUUGCUAAAAAAUCUGCAUGGCCAUAAAAAUAUGACCUUCCAGAAGUAAUUCUGUUUUGUAAAGAAGUAAUUUCUUUGGGGUGUUUAAAUUAAUUAUUAUUUGUAAUCUUUGGAUUAAAACUGAAAACUAGAACAUGAUUAAAAUAGUGAACUGCUUCAGGGAAAAAAAUCACUAGCAUUCCACUUUACCAACUGGAAGGGAAUAUUCCAUUCACAGUUUUUUGCCCUUGCAUUUCCAAAGUAAAGUAAUGAAACAUUUCACUAUCAGAACAAAAUGUUUUGUUCAGCUGCAGACUUUCUUGAAAUAGGUUGAAAAACCCAUUUUUGCUCAUCUUUGCAGAUAAUGAACAAAUUCAUAUCAUCCGUAGUUUACCUACUCUAAAAAUGAAUAAGUUUUUGUUUUUUUAAUAUAAAAUACACUGCUGGAGAUACCUAGCAGUGAAGAAAUCUGCCAUCAAGCUCACCCUUACAAUAUGAGUCAGUCAUUGUCGUGACGCUCAUUACAGCUAAAAUUAAACUAUUCCAAAUAUGACAUUCUGUACAAUUUCACAAAAAUGGACUUGUGAAGAGUUUGGAACAAAAUUCCAAGGAGCAACCUGAGAUUUGGGAAGUGUAGACUCAACUUCCUCCUGUAAAUGACUCAGGUAGAAAUUCUUAAUACUAGAUCAUCUUAAAAAGGGAGUUGCAGUAGCAAGCCAGAUCUCCUUCCUCUCCUGGCAGUUUCUGUCCAUCAGGUUACAAAUUAUCCAUCAGUCUGCUGUAGUCUCUGAAUAACUAACCAGAAAAAACAACUAAAACAACAACACCAAAACAACACAAAACCUGGGGCUAAAUUGAAAAAUUCUGAGCAGAUCUACCAUAAAAGUUUCAGUGAGUUACAAAGACUUUCUUAAGUAGCUAGCAGAAACUGUAGUUGUGCCUCUAAAGGCUGAAAGGUAAUGCUCUAUCCUGGUCCACCUGGAACAAGUGGAUGGCCAUCUAAGAAAUUAAUGACUAAAACCCAUUCAUUGUCAACAGACUGUGAGCAGCAGGAGAAAGGGAAAGAAUUAUGUGAGAACAUGAGUGAAAACGCCAGUGUACUCCAGCCAGCAGCCCCUCCAGAUUGUAUCCAAAACACCAAGGAGGCACUGACUGCAUAUUUUCUGCAUUGCAGCUGUCCCAUGAUGGAAAAAUUCCAUUGUGGGACAAAAAUGGCAGAAAAAAGGAGAAAAAGGAGGAAAAGGUAAAAAAAAGAUAAAAAGGACAAGGUGAAGUGGAGAAGCAACAAAGGGAAAAGAAGGGAUAAAAAAGGACUUACUCCCACUUCUCCAAAUGAUGUUCUGAAUAUCUCACUAACUUGUACACUUUGGGGGUUGUUUGUGGGUCUUUGUUUGUUUGUGGGGUUUUUUUGCCACCUCAGCCUGAUAACUGUGUUCUUGAUGUUGCUCCUGGUAAACACUGUGAGAAGAGAAGCCCAGCGUUCCUAAGGAACAAGCACUUAUCUGAUCCUGAACACUGUGGCCCUGAACACUAGUGUACCACCAGCAGUAACAAAUUAAAACUUAUCCUUUUUUUUUACUUGACAAUUCAAAUAGUAGCAAAUAAUCAAUAUUUUUCUUGGAAGCGGUGGGUAGAGCCCUCAAAAUGGGCAACAUUUUCCUCUUGGUCUGCUGGCCCUUCAGUAAGCUGUGCUGCAGGCAGCUGCUGGUAACAAGCUCUUGACAUUGCCUUCCUCUCAACAUAAACAUUUUCUGUGUGCCACAGAAUGAACUCACCCGAGUACAGUAAGGACAAAGGUAAACAUCUUCAAAAUGUUGUACCCAAAAAUCUUCACGGUAUGGAUCAACAACAUCCAUGAAGAUUUUUACUUUAGUUCAGAAACUAUUUUAUCAGUAGUCACAAAUAUGGGUUUUUUUCAAAGCCUGAGGUCUGUUACAUCAUUCCUUGUAGAGUAAGAAAUAAUAAUGUAAUCAGAUAUCAAAUACAUUUUGUCUGCAUUUCUGCAUAAAUCUCAGAAGUUGAAUGUUAGCAUGAUUAGGUCAGCAUAUUAGGAAAUGGUUUCUACCCUAAAAUACUUACAUAGCAGCUUAUGAAUAAAUGAGUAAAACUGCACAUGCACAUGCACAAAUCAUCUUAGUCAGUAAAUAAUUGAGAAUCAGAAAAAACUUCUGUGGAAGGUGCAGUUGCUGUCAUAGCAGUGUCUAUCUCAUUAUUCUGUCAAAUGAGAGAAGAUAUGAAGUAGGUAUGAAAAAGUAACCUUUUUACUAUUAACCUGCCUUUGCAUGCUUUUGUCUUUCCCUAAAAUCAAUUUCAAUACACCUGUGAAUGGGAAACGAUGAAAACAUGUUUAUUAUGAAAGCAGAAGGAAAGCAUGUAUUUACAUAAAUAAUUAGAUUUUUAAAUAAAAUAUUUAUAAAACUGUUGUUUUAGGAAAAUUGUUUACCCACUUUAAAAAAAAAAGGAACAUUAAUAAAUAAAUUAUUUCCUUUGGAACAAUAAACAGGUUUGGACACUGUCUCAAUUUAAUUUUCUUAUGCUUAAUCCAAUGAAAUACCAGUGUACUACUAACAGAAGGGAUGGCUAUAGGCGAGAGCUGAGAAUGAAGACCUGCUUUCCUUAAUUCAUAGCCUAGAGUGCAAGCUCUCUUUUUUGCAUCUUUCUUCAGUUUUUCAGAAUAUUUCUAACACAACUCCAGGACCCGGGGGAGGGGGAGGGGAAAUCACAUGUGUUUUGAAUAGAGUUUUUCAUUGGACUUUGAUUUAUUGCAGUAAUAAUUACUCUUGGCAGGAGUACAACUGCAACUGUGUUUUCUUCCCGUACCAGAGACCAACCAGUGGCUUUGCAAGCCUGCAUUCACCUGCAGGUUGUGUACCUACAAGGCUCCACAUUUUGAGAAAUUAUGGAUGUUGCAGCAGGUGUGGAUGAACAAGGAUGUUAUCAACCUCAGCAUUAGCAAGGCUUUUGACAAUGUCUCCGACAACAUCCUCAUAGGUGAGCUUAGGAAGUGUGGGUUAGAUGUGUGGGCAGUGAGAUGGAUUGAGAACUGGCUGGAUGUCAGAGCUCAGAGGAUUGUGCACAGUCUAGUUGGAAGCCUGCGGCCAGCGGUGUUUCCCCCAGGGGAUAGACACUUGGCCCAAUCUCCUUCAAUGUGUCCAUCAAUGACCUGGAUGAUAGAAUAGAGUGUAUCCUCAACAAGUUUGCUGUUGAUACAAAACUAGGAGGACUAGGUGAUACACCAGAAGGCCGUGCUGCCAUUCAGCGAGACCUGGACAGGUUGGAAUGCUGGCCAGAGAGGAACCUAAAGAACUUAAACAAAGGUAAGUGUAGGGUUCUGUACCUCAGGAGGAGUAAACCCCUGCAACAAUACAGGUUAUUGACUGGCUGGAAAGCAGCUCUGUGGAGAAGGACCUGAGAAUCCUGGUGGAAAACAAGUUUACAAUGACCUAGCAAAUGUGCCCUUGAGGCCAAGAAAGCCAAUGAUAUCCUGGGAUGCAUCAAGAAGAAUGUGGCUAGCAGGUUAAGGGAGAUUAUCCUCCCCCUCUGUUCCUCCCUAGUGAGGUCCCAUCCGGACAUCUGAAGCAUUAUGGCCGGUUCUGGGCUCCCGAGUUCAAGAAAGACGAGGCACUACUGGAGAGAGUCCAGCAGAGGGCCACAAAGAUGAUGAUCAGCAGACUGGAGCAUCUCUCUUACAAGGCGAGGCUAAGUGAGCUGUUUCUGUUUAGCCUGGAGAAGAGAAGACUGAGGGGGAUCUUAUCAAUGCAUAGAAAUAUCUAAGGGACAGGUGUCAAGAGGAUGGGGCCAAACUCUUCUCAAUGGUGCUCAGCGACAGGACAAGGGACAACGGGCACUUACUGGUAGUUCCACCUCAACAUGAGGAAAAACUUCUUUACUCUGUGGGUGACCAAGCACUGGAACUGGUGCCCAGGGGAGGGGUUAUGAAGUCUCUUUCUCUGGAAAUACUGAAAACCUGCCUGGACACCUUCCUGUGCAGCCUCAGGUCUGGAAGUGGGCCACAGCUUUCAUUGACUCACAUUCUAAACACAUCAGCCAAAGGCAAGCUACAUUCCUCAUCAGUAUAUCGCAUUUUACUCUUGGUUGGUUUGGCAAUUUUUGAUCGGAAAAUUAGCAAAAUGCUGUCUGAGUUAAUGUGUCUAAUUUGCCUGUGAACUCAUUUUCAUCUGGCCUGCAAAUACUAGUGGCUUAAACUCAGGCUACAUAGCUCCAGAGAUCUCUGAGGGUCUGUUCCUGUGGGUACCUUGCUGGGACUUGAGGUAGCCAGUUCAAAGAUGGUGUAGCCCCUGCAGACAUACCUCAGUCACUGCUUUUAUGGCACUACAGGAACUUGUAUAAACAUAAGCAUGAAAACAGAGGAUAUUCAGUCACAGAAAUUAUUUGUCAAGAAUUUACAUGCAGUCAAAACUGAUGACAUUUGUGUGAUGUGCAUCCAAGUACUGUUUCUUUCAUAAAUAUAGAUCUACAUCUUCAUACCAUUCCAGGUAAACACUGAUAAUUUGAUGAAAGAAAAGAUGCAAAGGUGAAAGAAAGGGAGAAAAAAGUGUCACUCUCCCUCGAACACUUAAAUAACUUCCUAGCAGAUGAAGUACGACCUCUAACUGGUGCUUUUUCAAUUAUCCAACAUUCCACACUUCAGUGUUUAAAAAGGUAAAAAGUUA